CUCUUGCAGAUUUCUGACAGCAGUCAGUUCAUGUCAUGUUAGUCCACAAUUUAUUUCCCAUGCCUACCCAGCCAUGGACUAUAUAAACUCUUUGUUUAUCCUCCGCUGAUUUCUCAUGAAGUUAUAGAAUCUCAGUCAGCAGUCAUGGCUCGACAAAGUGACCGUUUGCUCACAAUGGGGUACUAUGACAAUGAUGAAGAACCUCGGUUGUUAUACAAGGAAAAUCCAUUCAAGGUCUUUCGGAAGAAGAGGGGUCGUCGCAACUCUGGAGGCAGCACCGUUUCCAACAUGUCAUGCAUGUCUUUUGGUGACGAUAUUUGCCACCUUCCUCCCAGCAAUGGGAGGGGCAAAAACACAUCUACGCAAUUCAGCCAGAAAAAUGUUGUCGGCCUCCUCUCCAUGGUCAUAAUGUAUUUUGGGGGAGGUCUAUACAACAUGUAUGCUUCAAGCAGGAGCUGUUUCAGUCUGAGUUCAGGGUGGCCAGAGAACAUGGACUGCGCUGGGAAUGAGUUGCGAAUGAUACAGGCGCAGCUGACAAAGCUGCAGGAAGACAUGGUUAGAGCUGAUGUUAUGGUGGUGCAGAAGCAGCUAAAAGAGCUGCAGAAGGACAUGGUUGAAGCUGAUCUCAAGAUGAUGCAAAAGCAACUAAAACAGCUACAGCAGGACAUGGUUGGAGCUGAUGUUAGGAUGACGAAGAUGCAACAAAAAGAGCUGCAGGAGGACAUGGUUGGAGCCGAUCUUAAUAUUAUGCGGAAUCAGCUAAAAGAGCUGCAGGAGGAAGUGCUCCGUCUGAGGAAGAAGCUUAUUCCUAUGGCAGACACUAUGCCAAACUUUGCUUUAGAAUCACAGGGUGCCACUGUCCUUCAUCAUCUUAGCUCAGACACCUAUCACACUCAGCCACCAUUUGUUACAUUUUGGGGGAUCCCUUUAUGGUAUCCACCUGCCACUCCCCGGACUGUUAUCCAGGGACAUUCUUCCCCUCUGACUCCUGGUCGCUGCUGGUUCUUUGCAGGUAGACGCGGACAUGUAUUUAUCACCCUGUCCCACCCAGUCACCAUCACCCAUGUGACACUGGGUCACAUUACAAGCAUGCAGUCCCCUGCUGGCUUCGCCUACAGUGCUCCAAGAGAGUUUUCUGUCUAUGGAGUGAAGAAAGUGGACAGUGAAGCGACGCGCCUAGGAACCUUUGUAUAUGAUCCGAAUGGGGAGUCAUUACAGACCUUCAAACUCCCUGGUCAUAAAAACGUUGUCUUCAGUUUUGUGAAGUUGCAGAUUGAGAGCAACUGGGGUCAUCCAGAGUACACAUCUGUGUACAACUUCAGGGUCCACGGAAAGAUGCCAUAAAUGUCUGUAACUGCAUUAAUAAUAUGGACUGUUCGUUAUUUAUCAGAGUAGGGGUUGGUAGGGGGAGGGCUUGGUUGUGACUUCUUUUUUUCUUCGUUUGACACUCCCAAAAGCUACAAAUAUUUACCUUGACCCUCCAUGUUGAACCUCCCUCGGUGACUGGAGAAAAUGCAUGACCCAACCUCCACCAUAAAUAAACAUAUUUGAUGUGUUCACACCAAAAGUUGGUGGAGAAAUUAAAAAGGAUUACAAUUGAUACCAAACCGUGACUCUUAAACCUUGGCCCUCUGACCCACCGUCCAUCGUUG